UUAGAUAGUACUAGACUUAAACCGCAAUCAAGCAAUGGGUGUUCAUUAUGGCGAGUUAGCACUGCUCGUGCUCGGGGUCUUUCUGAUCUUCCAGAGUAUAUACCGUCUUUUCUUUCACCCUCUCCGGCACAUCCCGGGCCCAAAGCUAGCUGCUCUAUCUUAUUUCUAUGAAUUCUACUACAAUUGCGUUCGUGGAGGGAAGUUUUUGUUUGAAAUUGAGCGCAUGCACCAAAUAUACGGCCCUAUUGUCCGUAUCAACCCGCAGGAGAUCCACAUCAGUGACCCCAGCUUUUAUCAUGAGAUCUAUGCAUCAAGUUCCCGUCACCGUGACAAACACGCCGGCACCGUCGCAGGUCUCGGGGUGCCCGCUUCCCUGGCCGCCACUAUCACGCACGACCACCACCGCUUACGACGCAGUUUGCUAGGGAGUUACUUUUCCCGCGGCUCAGUGCUGAAGGAUAUAGUACCGCUGGUGGACGAUCGGAUCCAGAAACUGAUGAAUCGACUAGCCGAGGCAUAUCAUGACCAGAAGGUCGUGUGUCUGGACGAUGCAUACGUGGGUAUGGCGUCCGAUAUCAUCACUCAGUAUCUGUACGGGCAAUGCUGGAACUGCCUCGAGCUCGAGAACUUCGGGAAUCACAUCAGAGGCGCGAUUCUACGCCUGCUGAGCUUCGUCCAUUUCACGCAGUAUGCGCCGUGGCUUGUUAAACGGUUGCGCAUGCUUCCGCUGGAUACGCUGCGUCGCGUGCAGCCGGGCAUGGCGGCUAUUUUCGACAUUACGGAGAUGGCGGAUCUAUGGGACAGAGACCUUGAAAAGGAGGAAGCUCGAAGAACAGAAGAUGUUAAAGAACUGCCCGUCUUCCAUAGACUGGCAGAUCCCAAAGUUCCCGCUGCAGAACGCACCCCACAACGGCUCCAGGACGAGGGAAUACUUCUUCUCCUAGCAGGGACUGAUACUACGGCGAUUGCAUUGACUACUGCAACGUUUCAUGUCUUCGACAAUGAACAGGUUCUGCAGCGCUUACGAGCGGAGGUGCAGGGUGCGAUUCCGACGCCGACGAGUCCGGCGAGUGUUCUUCAGCUGGAGAACUUGCCUUAUCUAGUGAGCCUUUGCGUUCUUUAUUUGACUCUUGGUUGCAAUUAUUUAGGGAAAUCCUAACCAAGAACAGACGGCCGUUAUAUACGAAAGCCUUAGACUCUCCUAUGGUCCCGUCAUGCGGUUACCACGAGUAGCACCUACGGAGACAUUGCGGUACGGGGACUAUGUCAUUCCUCCCGGGGUACGUACUUCAACAGUCUCAACUAAUCGUUGGUUGCAUUCUGAUUAAUCCACAUCUGCCUAGACCCCCAUGAGCUCCAUCUCCUAUUUCAUUCACCGCGACCCAGUCCUCUUCCCCGAGCCGAGCACUUUCAAGCCGGAGCGCUGGCUCCAAGAUCAUGAACAAACUGAUCACUUGAAGCGGUACAUCGUCAACUUUUCCAAGGGCAGUCGAGUCUGUCUAGGAAUGAGGUAAAUUUGCCAUCUAUUUCAUGUACAAUUCUCAUGACUCACAUUCUUUUGAAAUAAUUCUAGUCUCGCCUACGCCGAAAUGUACCUUACAAUCGCACGUCUAGUACGAUGCUUUGAUCUUGAGUUGCAUGAUACAACGAUUGAGGAUCUAAAGAUUGUCUCGGAGAAGCUGUUGCCUGUGACAAGGCGUGGGCCGACGAGGGUUUAUGCAAAGGUGAAGAAGAUAUUAGAAUAGACAAAGUUGUUAGCCCAUAGCAUUCAAACUAUUGAGACGAUAGUCCAAGGAACAAUCAAAGCUUUAAAGUAUCAGUAUAGCAAAGUCUAUCACAU